UACAUGCGGGGGAUAGCAUGUCUCAACUGAGUUCAAUCGGUGUCGCGCUGAGACAUCUCGGGUGACGGCCAAUUUCCUGCUAAGACGUUUUAGCCGACGGCGGCCAUGUUUUCUGACUUACCUCGCCCAUUAAUUGCGGUCGUGUAGCUCAGUCCUGCACUGUCGCCAAAUUUGGCCUACGAUACAGUCAAAAUCCAGAAACAUUCAUCAAAUUCCGCUCAAAAUCUACCCAAAAGUCACAAAUUCGGAUGUAUGCGGUUACCGGGAGGAAGUGAAGGCGACAUACUGGUGAUCAGUCAUUGGUCGCGAUAGACGGCUCGACAGUUAAUUGCCGUCCGCGAAGUAGCUGCCAGGUGGGGAGGACAAUUUAAAAAUGUCCGACUGGGAAGACGAAUGCAACGAGGACGGAGCCGCCGGCGCCAUCAUCCAGGAACCUGCUACAAAAUCAGCUCCGACUGAAUGGAAAUCGCCGUGUGAUCGCCGUCAACGGGAAAAUAUAGUUUUCGCUGUGAGAGCUGCAACCGGGUUCGGAGCCUCAAGAGAGUGGAGAGCUGAUCGUAGCGCCGAGGUCAUAAAUCGGAGAGGUGGCGGCGAUGGCCGCCCGUUUCCGACGAGCGCAAAUCGCGGAGGUCCGGGACGACGGACGUUUGGCGUUGAAAAGUCGGGCUCUUCCCCGCCUGUGACUAUCGCCGUGGAAAACGCUUCAGUUGGGAGGAUAAUAGGUCGUGGAGGAGCCAAAAUUCGUGAACUUGAAGACAGCACAGGUGCAAGAAUCAAAAUAAACAAGGGUGGCUAUGAAGGUGAGGUGGUCAUCUUUGGGUCCUCUGCUGCCCAGCAGAGGGCCAAGGAGAUGAUUGAAGACCUGGUGGCAGAUGGCCGAUCUCAAUUUCACAGCGGUCCUGGUAGGGGGGGGGACUGUGGAAGAGGAGGUGAUGGAGGAGUAGGGAACUGCUCCGUCUGGUCUGCUGCAGAAUUACAGGCUGCCAAUGCCACCCCGGCCCGCCUAUCCAUAGACUGGAACACCAUCCGAGAGAACAAGGAAAAGUAUGAAGAGCUCAAGUGGAAGGACCUCCCACCCAUGAAGAAGACGUUUUACACUGAGGCGGAGAGUGUAUCUAUGCUCAGAGCAGAGGAAGUCAGUGAAUGGAGGAAGGAGAACAACAAUAUCUUUGUGGACGACCUGAAGGAGGAAGGGGCGAAGCGGCCCAUUCCCAAUCCCUGUCGCACUUUUCUGGAGGCCUUUGAGCUUUAUCCAGAAGUCAUGGAAAAUAUUGAGCGAGUUGGCUUUGUCAAACCAACCCCGAUCCAGUCUCAGGCCUGGCCAGUGUUGCUGAGUGGGGAGGACCUGAUAGCCAUUGCUCAGACAGGAACAGGGAAAACCCUGGCCUACCUGCUGCCAGGGUUCAUCCACAUGGACGGACAACCUGUACCUAGGGCUGAGUGCGGUGGUCCAGGCAUGUUGGUGCUGACUCCUACCAGAGAAUUGGCCCUGCAGAUUGAAAGCGAAUGCAACAAGUACCGCUAUAAGGGCUACAAAAGUAUCUGUAUCUAUGGUGGAGGGGAUAGGAGAGACCAGAUCAACCUGGUGAAGGGCGGGGUGGACAUAGUUAUCGCCACACCAGGCCGACUAAAUGACCUACAGAUGAACGAGCUCAUCAAUCUUCACUCCAUCACCUACUUGGUGCUGGACGAGGCUGACCGUAUGCUAGAUAUGGGCUUUGAACCUCAGAUUAUGAAGAUUCUCCUGGACAUCCGCCCAGACCGACAGACUGUCAUGACCAGUGCCACCUGGCCCAGCGGUGUGAGACGAUUGGCCAGAUCCUACCUUAAGAAUCCCAUGAUGGUUUAUGUGGGCACCCUGGACUUGGCAGCAGUUAACACAGUGCAGCAAACAGUGCUGAUUGUCCACGAAGACGAGAAAAAGUCCUACGUGUUUGACUUCAUCAGAAACAUGCUUCCCCAGGAUAAAGUCAUUAUCUUUGUUGGCAAGAAGCUUGUGGCUGAUGACCUGUCCAGUGACAUGUGUCUGCAGGGUCUGGCUGUACAAAGUCUCCAUGGUGACCGUGAGCAGUGUGACCGUGAAGAGGCCCUCAAGGACUUUAAAGAGAGUCGAGUGCGUAUCCUGGUUGCCACAGACCUGGCAUCUCGAGGGUUGGAUGUCCAUGACAUCACACAUGUCUUUAACUUUGACUUCCCACGUAACAUAGAGGAGUAUGUCCAUCGCGUGGGCCGCACUGGCCGAGCUGGACGUUCAGGUGCUGCUGUUACCCUGGUAACAAGAGAGAACUGGAGGAUGGCUCCUGAACUGAUUCACAUUUUGGAGCGAGCAGGGCAGGAGGUCCCUGAGGAGCUGGUGCUCAUGGCAGAGAGAUACCAGAUGCACAAGAGGGAGAAGGAUAUGUGCAAUCCAAGGGGAGGUCAGGGCGGAGGGGGAGGGGGAGGGUGGAGGAGAGACGGUGGAGGGAGAGGAGGCAGGGAUCGAGGCCAGAACUGGGGAUUCUAAUGCGCAAUUAUCCAAUUUUCCACUCAUACCUCAGUGUUUAAUACACAGGUCUACUUCCAUUCAUAGACGGACGUAUAGAUGGACACAGAAACUUCAGUGUCCACGCUUUUUGACAUAAGAGUCAAUAAGACAGAGUGAAAUUAAUUUAUCUGUCUGGUAGUCUAACAGUAGUAAUGUUAAUUUCAUUACACUUUUGUUCUCUUUCUCAACAUGGUGGAGCAGCAUCUGAAACCGCCCCUGUUGUAAUUUCUAUUGAAUGUAUAUUUCACUUAUUUUAUCUGAUUUUUGUUUGGUUUGAAAAUGUUUUUGUUAGAUUAAUUGCCAUUAUCAUUUAGAGGCAGUUCCCCACCUCACUGUGUUGUCUUCCUCUUUUCAAAAAUGUUUCAAAUGCACAAUUUUUACAGUUUUCUUCUGUUUGUAACUCACUAACUACAGCAGUGUUUUGUAUCACUGAGUACAUCAUUUCUUCAUUUGGGCAGAAAGAAAUCUCUCUAAUAAAUUC